UGUGGGGAGAUAAGGUCCCCUCACUCUACUGUACACUAUUAUAUUAAUCCAUUAGUAAUUUCCGUUUAUAACCAAAGAAGAAACAAAUAUUGUAUUCAUUCUAUCGUGUAUCAGUAUGGUUCACACUUCAUUUCUGCAUUUCAGAAAUGUUGAUGUUCAAUUAGCAAGAUUGAACCCUACAUGGACUUCCUCUACACACACACAUACAUGUGUGUGUGUGUGUGUGUGUGUGUGCGUAAGCGUAUGUGUGUGUAUGUGUAUGCCUGCUAACAGCCUCUCUCUCUCUCUCUCUCUCUCUCUCUCUCUCUCUCUCUCUCUCUCUCUCUCUCUCUCUCUCUCUCUCUCCCCCCCCCCCCCCCCCCCCCUCAGGAGAUGGAGCGGGUGGUGCUGGGCACCCUGCGCUGGGACACGGCCUCCGUCACCCCCCAGGACUUCCUGCCCCUCCUCCUGGUCCCCGUGGGCUCCCGGAUGGAGGGGGCCCCCGACCGGGCGGAGCUGCUGACCACCAUGCGUCGCCACGGCGACACGCUGGUGGCCAUGUGCGUGUGCGACUCCCGCUUCCUGGGCGCGCCCCCCUCCCUGGUGGCGGCGGCGGCACUCAACUCGGCCCUCAGGGGCCUCAGCGGCCGGGGCCCCGCCCAGCUGGCCGCCCUCGGAGAGCUGCUGGCCGCGCUCUGCCAGACGGACACGACGGUGCUCCAGUGCUACAGCGAGAUGGUGGAGUUUGCCCUGAGGCAGCGGCUGAGAGCCGGACUGCAGGAGGAGCCGAUGGGGAAGGAGGUGGAGGAGGAUGAGGAGGAGGACCAGAGGGCCGGUACCCCCACCGACAUGAGGGACGUCGACUUCUGAACGGCUUGAGCCAUACCAAGUGUGAUCAAUCUAAAGGAAACAGUCGUAUUGGCGAUCAGUGAAACUGACGAGAGAGAUUAUGAUUGUGAAAAUGUGCCACACUUUUUUUUGAUACUCUGAUUUUAUUUUAUUGAUCUAUUCUUAAUUUAUUUCUAAUUUAUUUGUUUGUUUGUUAACGUUUACGAUAACUUGUUGUCUGCCAUAUUAUUAUUAUUAUUAUUAUUAUUAUUAUUACUGUUAUUAUAAUUAUUAUUCUGUAUUUUGUUAUCCUCAAUUGUUAUUUUAUUCUAGGUUGCUGUUUAAUAUUUAUUUACUAUUUAUUUAUCGUGUGUUGUUUUAUGAUUUAUUUAUUAUGAUUAACUUUAACGUGAUGCUACGAUGUACUGGACAAAAUAUACAACACCUCUAUUUUUAAAAUGAAUUAAAGAAACUUUUAUACAUUU